CUCUAUUGAAGGCUUGGUUUUGAACUUUCAGUAGAAGCCAUUCCGCCUCUGUUCCUUUUUGUUCAAAUGGAAGUCUCCCGCCAAACUGAUUCCUCCAAUGAAAUGAAGCCACUCCGAAAGAAAUCGGUGGAGUUUCUUAUUCGAUCUUCUCAUCAACUGCGAGCUUCUCCGAUAGUGAAAUACAGUGCCUUAUCUCUCUUCGCUGAUCGAUUUCUCCCUUCUCUCACGACUUUAAUAAAAAUGAGGAAUAAGAUUGGAAGCUGGCUUUUACGAUCCAUGGAAGAGAGCAAUCUGCAGUUAUUUUCACUUAUUUCAAUAUGGAUUUCAAGUAAAAUACACGAUUCUCGUGCUCUCUCCGUAAAAUGUUUAAAAUCGUUGGGAGACGAAUUCAUUAAGGAUCAGCAUUUUACCAUUAGAGAUUUCGUGGAAGCUGAGGUGGUCUUCCUUCAGGUGUUGAAUUUUGAAAUUGGGAUAUCAAAUGUAGCUUUCAUAUUCCUUGAGGAGUUUUUUAUUCAGUUCAAGGGAGUUGCAAUGGUUGGGGGGUUGGUGAGCUUUGAAGCAUGCAUGGAUGUGAUGGAUCUUCUUUACGAAAAGGAGGAGACAUCACUUCUUUUUAGUGCUCCACGUUCUCUGGCUGCAUCAAUCUUGGUUGCUUCAUAUGUGGUCACGGUCCCUAAACAACAGUGGGAAUUUCCAGUUCUUCCCUGGGUGAAAUUUGUAACCUCAUACAAAGAAGAGGACAUUGUUGAAAAGGUCAAGGACAUUCUUACGCAUGUGUUUGAGCCCCAUAGCUAGCCAAUGGUUUCUAUAGUCAAAGCAGCUUUAUAGUAUGUCUCCACUCAACUGACA